GCUUACAUAGACCUUUGCAAAAUGAUUUCCUCAAGUGAAUAUGGGUCUCAUUCCUGGGAGCUUUUGGUGACAGUUGAUCAUCAGCAUGAAGAGGUACAAAAGGAAUUUUUACUGCGGGUCACAGGGGACCUUCAUAUUGGAGGAGUGAUGCUGAAAUUAGUAGAACAAAUCAAAAUAUCACAAGAUUGGUCAGACUAUGCCCUUUGGUGGGAGCAAAAAAAAUGUUGGCUUCUGAAAACCCACUGGACACUCGAUAAAUGCGGGGUGCAGGCAGAUGCUAAGCUGUUCUUUACUACUCAGCACAAAAUGCUGCGGCUUCGCUUGCCAAACAUGAAGACUGUGAGACUGAAAGUCAGCUUCUCUUCUGUGGUAUUCAAAGCUGUCAGUGACAUCUGCAAAAUUCUCAAUAUUAGACGGUCAGAAGAACUCUCUUUGUUGAAGCAAUCAGAAGAUGCACUCAAAAAGAAAAAGAAAAAAGACAAGAACAGCAAAGAACCAGUUACAGAAGAUAUUUUAAACCUGUGCAACUCUCCAGUGAGUUCUGGAUUAUCAGGAAGUCCAGGUUUAUAUAGUAAAACCAUGACACCCGUUUAUGAUCCCAUCAGUGGGACACCAGCAUCUUCUACAAUCACGUGGUUCAGCGACAGUCCCUUGACUGAGCAGAACUGCAGCAUCCUCGCCUUCAGUCAUCCCAACUGUUCUCCAGAAACACUAGCAGAGAUGUACCAGCCUCGGACUUUAGCUGACAAAGCCAAACUCAAUGCAGGCUGGCUAGAUUCAUCUCGAUCACUUAUGGAACAAGGCAUUCUGGAGGACGAUCAACUUCUUUUACGCUUUAAAUAUUACACUUUCUUUGAUUUGAAUCCAAAAUAUGAUGCAGUGCGAAUAAACCAAAUAUAUGAACAAGCCCGUUGGGCCAUCCUCUUAGAAGAAAUUGACUGCACAGAGGAAGAAAUGCUGAUCUUCGCUGCACUACAGUAUCAUGUAAACAAGUUAUCAUUAUCAUCAGAGGCACAAGAUUUCACCUGUGAAUCAGAAGUAGAUGAAGUAGAAGCUGCACUUUCUAAUCUGGAAGUGACACUGGAAGGUGGAAACACAAGUAACGCUCUGGAGGACAUCACAGACAUCCCGAAACUUGCUGAUAAUCUCAGGCUAGUUAGGCCCAGGAAGCUGUCACUCAAAGCUAUCAAGCCAUAUUGGUUUGUCUUUAAAGACACUUCAGUAUCUUAUUUUAAAAACAAGGAAUCCGCACAGGGAGAACCUAUUGAGAAACUAAACCUAAAAGGAUGUGAAGUUGUACCAGAUGUAAAUGUUGCAGCGAAGAAGUUUGGAAUCAAAUUACUAAUUCCUGUUGCUGAUGGCAUGAAUGAAGUAUAUUUAAGAUGCGAAAACGAGAAUCAAUAUGCUCGGUGGAUGGCUGCUUGCGUUUUAGCCUCAAAAGGUAAAACGAUGGCCGAUAGCUCUUAUCAUCCCGAGGUCCACAAGAUCCUUUCAUUUCUAAAGAUGAAGAACUGGGCCAUGUCUCCCCAGGCUGUCUCUGAUCCAGAAAGCAUAGAUAUGAAACCAGAAUGCUUCGUCUCACUACGUUAUACCAAAAAAUACAAGUCCAAGCAGUUGGCUGCUCGUAUUCUGGAAGCCCACCAAAAUGUAUGCCAGAUGCCCCUAGUGGAGGCCAAGCUGCGUUUUAUUCAAGCAUGGCAGUCCCUCCCCGAGUUUGGCUUAUCCUACUACAUUGUAAGGUUUAAAGGCAGCAAAAAGGAUGAUAUGCUUGGGGUGUCCUAUAACAGGCUGAUACGAAUAGAUAUAGCCACAGGAGAUCCUAUCACAACGUGGAGGUUCUCCAACAUGAAGCAGUGGAAUGUGAACUGGGAAAUACGCCAGGUUGCAAUCGAGUUUGAUCAGAAUGUAUCUAUCGCUUUCACGUGCCUGAGCGCAGACUGCAAAAUCAUCCAUGAGUAUAUUGGGGGCUACAUCUUCUUGUCAACCCGCUCCAAGGACCAGAAUGAAACACUGGACGAAGAUCUAUUCCAUAAAUUAACUGGAGGUCAGGAAUGA